ACAUUCAGUACCCCUUCGAACAACAAACCAGGAAUACAAUACAUUAAAAUGGCUGAAAUACAACAAGUCAACAUUCACUGCGAGUGCUAUCAUCGCCGUGGACUUCUCUAUGUGCUGAGACCCUGGGCCUGGGAUCGUCCCUGCCGACGCUGCAGGUGCAUGAUGGACCGUAAUGUGGUUGUGGUGCCAACUUCAGGAGCUGCCGUCUCCGUUAACCCUUGCAUGACACGACCCUCUCCAGUUGUGGUAACGACAACCAGCCAAUCAAUGGCGCCCCAAACUCAAAUGGUGACCGUUACUCCAGCACAAACAGCAGCUGAUUGGCAGGCGACUCAGCAGGCCUACCCCUCGACUCUUCCCCCCAGAUACGAAAUGGUUGCCACCAAAUAGAGCCGAAAGAAUUCAAGAGUGUUAAAUAAUGCAUUAAACAUUUGCAUAUUACUUUGUAAUAAAACAUUGUCUUCCAGUAAAUGAAA